AUGGUUCCAUUGAAAGAUAUAAAGCACGUCUUGUUGCAAAGGGGUCAUUUUGACACUUUUUCUCCUGUUGCUAAACUCACCACCGUGCGCACAUUACUUGAUGUUGCCUCCAUUAAAGGUUGGUUCCUUGAACAGCUGGAUAUUGACAAUGUUUUCUUGCAUGGUGAUCUUAAUGAGGAGGUGUACAUGGAUCUUCCCUCUGGUCUUUCUUCUUCUGGCAAUCUUGCACAAGCUGAUCACUCCAUGUUUACCCUCUCCACUGCCUCUUCCUUCACUGUGUUACUGGUUUAUGUAGAUGAUGUGGUUCUGUCUGGCACUUGCAUGACUGAGAUUCUUCGUGUAAAAGCCUUUCUUCAUGAUAAUUUUCGUAUCAAGGACCUUGGGAUUCUUCGCUAUUUUCUUGGAUUAGAGGUCGCACGCUCUCAAUCUGGGAUCCUUUUGAACCUAUGCAAAUACACUUUGGAGCUUUUAUCUGAUGCUGGGCUCCUUGCUGCAAAACCGGUAUCCACACCCAUGGUCCCAAUCCCGAACAACAGUUCAUCGGACAGUUCUCCUCUCUCAGAUCCUUCUGUAUAUCGCUGGUUGAUUGGACGUUUGUUGUACCUCACAACCACACGACCAGAUAUUUCGUAUGCUGUCCAUCAUCUGAGUCAAUUUGUUGCAGCUCCACUUGACAUUCAUCUCACUGCUGCUCAUCGUGUUUUGCGUUAUUUAAAGGAUGCUCCUGCUAAAGGCUUGUUCUAUUCCUCAUAUGCACCUCUAUGCAUACGUGCCUUGUCUGAUUCUGACUGGGCUUGUUGCCCCCUUACUAGAAGAUCAGUCACCGAAUUUUGUGUAUUUCUUGGUCAUUCUCCAGUUGCAUGGCGCUCAAAGAAACAAUCCACUGUCUCCCGAUCUUCUUCUGAAGCAGAGUAUCGAGCUCUUGCUAGCCUUACUUGUGAGUUGCAAUGGUUUCAAUACUUAUUCCAGGACCUUCAUUUACCUUGGGAUGUUCCUGCUUCUGUCUAUUGUGACAACCGGUCUGCUUUAUAUCUUGCACAAAAUGCUACUUUCCAUGAACGCUCCAAGCACAUCGAGAUCGAUUGCCAUAUCACCAGAGACAAAGUUCGUUCUGGCUUGAUAAAACUUCUCCAUGUUUCUUCUAUCCAUCAAGUUGCUGAUGUUUUUACCAAGAUCUCUUCCUUCUUCAGUCUUCAUCAAUGCUAUCUCCAAGCUGGGCCUCGUCAAUAUCCUUGGUCCAGCUUGCGGAGGGGUCUCACCAGAUCACAUUACUGGUCCAAGCCCAAACAAUUUGGCCCAUAUGAUAGAAAAGACACAUGCCACAAAUCACGAUAG